AUGCGACACGGAUCGGGUGGGGAUUUUGCGAUCCCCGUUUCCGCCGAGGAGCAGUUGCGGCGGGAUAUAGAACAUGAGCUGGAUGUGCAUAUGAAACCGUCGCCAAACUUUUUUGCGAGGCGGAAUGCACCGCUGCACAUGGGGUUGCGUGGCACGCCGCUGCGGACGGCGUUCUACGAGGACGAGUCGGACACGUCUGAUGAUGAGAUGCUCAUGCGGUCUACAGGCAAUCACGGCGCUUUGUUUGCGACUCCACGCGGGAAGCAGCCACGCCCUGUACGCCAUGCGAGGCCGACCCUGAGCCACGCAGCGAACGAGCAGCUGAAUAUUGCGCGCCUUGCGGGCGAGGCCGUCGAGGAUCCCGUGCCGCGCCGCCGUCUGAGUCCAGUAGCGCGCCUGAGCCCGCAGCGCAGCCGGCAAUCGAGUGGCGAGACCAAAGUCGGGAGCGACGAUGGGUACAAAAAACAGCCGGCCAAGUCGGUGGCAUGGGCAGAGCAGCAGCUGGCUGACAUGGUCCAUUGCAUCAAGACCAUGGAGCGCGAGAUGGAGCGAUUGCGUGAGAAUGCGCCAAACGUGCUUCUCGAACGCCGUGUUGAUGCGAUGGAGGCUGGGCUGGAUAAUCAAAAAGAGCAGCUUGCCAGGCUCACCUCUCAAUUCGAAGCACACGUCGCGUCCAGUCCUGCAUCGCGAGCGCCGCGCACCGACGAUGCGAUUGUGCAGCUUCUUGCACGGCUCAACAGCGCACAGGCACCACCACCUGAGGCCGAACAAAACGCUUCGCUGCACACAGGGAUCCAGCGCUUGUACGACGAGCUGGAGCGCGUAUCGAACGCAGUCAAACACCUGCAGCACACCGCAGUGGGCACAAGGGCACACACACCGCCGCUGCGCCCAUCUGCAUUUCCGCUUACCCCGCCGUACAAGGAGGAAUGCACAGAGCCGGACGAGUAUCCACAUGCACAAGAGCGCUACGAAGCGAUUUGCCGCACGGUCGCAGAAGCGCUUGGCCUUGCGCCGCAUGCCUCGCCGCGCCAGACGGAGCACGAGAAGCAUACACGAAAAGACAAAAUACGCGCGAGCAUGCGGCACCGCGUCGCGGAAGACAUGGCGACUGAGUCGCUUCUGCGCCGCCUCGCCGAAACGCCAGCUCCCGUUCUUGCCAAGCACGAACUGCGGCUGUUGGAGCACUUGUUCGAGCAGCACAAGCGCGAGUUUCUGCACCAGCGCCAGCUGUAUUCGGAGCUGGCGGACGAGCUGAAGUGUAUGGAGCCGGGGAUGGACAAGGCCAAGCGCCGCAUCCUUGCCAAGCAUGUGCACGAAUCGAUCGACUCGCUCGAGGCCGAGGCAACGCGUAUCAAUGACUUGCGUGCACACUUGGCUCGGCAGGGGUACACGAUGCACUAA